UUUUGAAAAGUUGUCUUAUCGAGGAAAUUCGAACGAAGUAGUGUCACAUGUAUGCAGUAACAGUGCAUUGAUUCGUAGGAAAGUGUACGCAAUUGUAUGCAAAUUAUUUUUUGGCUGCCACUUUACAGUACUGUUGUGAACGGUGGUAUUUAAGCAUGCAGAGUGACAUCAAUUGUCUUUUAAACAUAAAGCCAUUGAUACAGAGUUUACUGGAUUAAAUCUGAAUGAUGAAACAAAAAACAGUUUGUUUGAUACAAUUGAAGAGCGAUACAACAAACACAGGAGAAGUGUUCAUCAGUUCACAAUCAGCCAGAUAGGUAUUUCAGCAUUUGUAAAGGAAAAUGAAAGGUAUGUUGCACACAGUUACAACAUGUACCUGUUUCCUGCCUCCUUUGGUCCUGUUGAUGUCCGCUUCAUGGUUCAGGCAUCAAGUUAUGAAUUCCAAAGAAGAUAUGAUUUUGAUUUUAACAAGUAUGUCUACUCUGGAAUAUCAUUUAUGAAUGAGGAGCAAGAAAAACAAGUUAAGACAUUCAUAAAGAGAAAAGAGAUCACUGCUGGGGUCGAAAGGGACGUUGAUGAGAACCUGGUACAGGACGUGUGUUCGGAAGUGGCAGAAUGGUACAGUCGAGCGGCGGUUGGAGACAGCCACACAGUCCUGAAGAACGAUGGGACACGAAAACUGAAGUACAACUAUGUAUUUGAAAACGAAAUCAAAAAUAGGUAUGGUGAUGUCUGGACAUCAACAGAUAAUGACAGAAAUAUUGUUGUCACAAAAAUCACACAUGAAGAAAAAGCGGAGCGAGAGAACAAACAGAAAGCAGACAGCUCGGAACUUUUUAACAGUCUUAUUGGAUUCAGGAGAGUGUUUUUGGCAUUAGUUAAACACCAAAAACCACUGAUUGGUCACAACAUGUUGCUGGAUUUACUGCUGAUCUUUGAUAAAUUUCACAAGCCACUUCCUGCUCAUUACAAGGAUUUUCAGGAAGAGAUACACAGAAUAUUUCCUCUGAUUAUAGACACAAAGAGUAUUGCAACUCAUCUGAUUAAAAAGAAAUUAGACCUGAGGUUCAAUUCCACUCUUGGUGGUCUGUACCAUGUAUUUAGAAGUGCUGCAGGUCAGAAUUUUGUGAUCCAUUCACCAGUAAUAGCACACGGAGAAGAUUUCACAAUUUACAGCAAUGAGACCUACUUGCCCCAUGAAGCUGGAUAUGACGCAUACAUGUGUGGCUAUUGUUUCCUAAGGAUGUGCCACAUACUAACCUUUAGUGAUGUUAAGUCCACUGAGGUGGUGCCCUGUACAUUCUCGAGGUACCUGAAUGAGAUUAAACCAUUCCAUAACAAGAUUAACAUGAUCAGAGCCAGUAUCAACUCGUUGGAUUUAUCAGGCAGUUCCAAGGAACCACAGAGACCUCUGGUGUUUGUUCAGUCCAAAACCGCCUCAUUUCAACUGAGUGCUUAUAAGCUUGCCAAGGAGUUUUCAAAGUUUGGAACAGUAGACAUCAAAUUACAGAGUAAAUCUAGAGCACUUGUGGCCACAGGAAAUAUAUACUGUGCCAGGGACCUAGUCAAGUUUUACAAAAAUGACAAGAGAAUGUCCGUCCACCAUUACAGUAAAUGGAGACACUCUCCUUAUUCCAAACCAGCUCUGUGGACGGGGGUGAUUCUGUCCGGAGGUCUGUGUCUGUGGGCUUUGUGGAGCAGUAAGAAAAACAACACUUGAUAUUAGUGAUAUCUGUAAACUGAUAUCUACACCCACAGAUAUCAAUGUGAUACGGAUAUCAGAGGAAUAACUUGUGAUUAAAGAAAUCUUGUCUGUGAUCAUUUAUAGCAACAAAUUUGUGACAGCAAUAAAUUUUUAUGACAAGAUAUAUAUAAAAGAAACUAAAAGUGUUAAACAGUGCCAAACAAAACUGUGCUUUUUAUCACAUUGUUGUCAAACCAUAGCUGACUGUGAAAUAAAACAUUUUUAUUUAGA